AGGAAGAUCCGCCCUCUCUCCUUAGCUUACAAUUUGUGCCUGAGAUCUCGCCUUUUAGAUGAUUUUAUUACAUUCUUCGAGAAAAGGCUGAGAGAGAGAGGCGCUCUAUUUCAGGUUUAUUCGGGACCCCGGUUGAUCUCUGGAGCGGAGGCGGUCAAAGGAACUGAGGAAGUUGACGAGAGGGACGGAUUUUCAGUUCAGCUGUCUUUUUUGUUUCGCUCAGAUUUCCUUAUGUGGGAAGCUGGCUGCAGUUUGCUGAGAAUCGCCCUAGAGCCUCUCAGAUCCGCCGGCGAAUCCCCGGAUCUCUUUGUAUUAUGACUCUGAGUUCUGAUAUGUCCGGUGCGUCCAUCGUCUCGGAAGAGACCGACAUAGAUGUGGUGGGAGACGGAGCGGAAGGGGACGAGGACGAGACAACCCGGGGGGGCAACUCGUUCGUGAGCCAAAUGCGCGCUGAUAUCCUCACGCCUCGGUCGCCCUCCGGCUCCUGCGCGGACAGUCCGUCCAACCGGGACACUUACAAAGCGACCAGCAAAAACCCUCUGGUGAAGCCUCCUUACUCUUACAUAGCCCUGAUCACAAUGGCCAUCCUGCAGAGUCCGAAGAAGAGACUGACUCUGAGCGAGAUCUGCGAAUUCAUCAGUAAUAGGUUCCCUUACUACAGGGAGAAGUUCCCCGCUUGGCAGAACUCAAUCAGGCACAAUUUGUCCUUAAAUGACUGCUUCGUCAAAAUACCCAGGGAGCCGGGUAAUCCUGGCAAAGGCAACUACUGGACGCUGGACCCCGAAUCUGCUGAUAUGUUUGACAACGGCAGCUUUUUACGGAGACGUAAACGGUUCAAAAGACAGCAGUCGGCGGAUUUGCUCCGGGACCAUGCAUCCUUCAAGGCAGGCCCAGUCCGUCCCCGCUCCGCCCGUGUUGCCCGCCAGCGAGCUAGCCAGGAACUCCUUCUACCCGCAGCUCAGUCCGCCACUAACCCUGGGACAUUCUGUCAAACACAACUCGACCAUGUCACGGUCCCCCUUCUCCAUAGAAAAUAUCAUAGGGGGCAACGCCACUCCAGCCAGCUGCUCGUCCCAGUCUCCAGCCGUUCCUCUAUUAUCAUCAAUACCUUCCUCUUCAUCGGCUCUGCCAAGUCUGCAUCAAGAAACUGUCACACAAAAUGCAGGGAACUUUAAUGGUAGGAUUCCAAAUGUUAACGGCUGUUUAUAGACUUUAAUGUACGUCUCUCUCUGAAGGUAGGAUUAUUUUUGUACAUUUCCUAUACGUCAACAAAACGCGGAUUCCCACGAGUUCAGCUGUAUAUAUAUUUAUGUACACUUCCAAAGACUUGACUUAAAAUGCAGAAAUAUCUGUAAAGCGUUAUAUUAAAAGACACUAAAUAGGUACUGUUUUAAAAACUGGUGUUUUUGGGACAUCUCAGGUGUAAAAAUUCAAAUUGACUCAGAAAAUUUAAAAUAGCAUUGGAGGUGAUAAAAAGUAACUCUGUUUAUAGGAGUCCACCAAAUAGUUUAUCUACCAGUCACUCUGUACAGUAAAAAAUAACCUCGUUAAAGAAUGUAAUGGGUAAAAUAAAAUAAAACAAAAUUCUAAACUGUGAAACAGAAGAUUUUGAAAUGCCUUUCUAUCUGAUAUUUUUAACCUGUGUUUUGUAUAAGGAUGUUAUGUUUUAUAGACUAUGUACCUUUCUAAGGCAAAAUAAUUGUUAAGACAUGAAUACUGGCAAACAAUCUUGUAUUAUUUUAAUGCAUCGUUUUCUCAUUUUCUUAAAAAAAAUAAAAAUGAUAAUUUAAAAUA